GUAUAUAUUCUUUAGGGGUUUGGCAGUGAUGAGACAGAAACGGCAGGACUUGGAGGAUAAUUUAGAGCUCAAGGAGAUAAUUGGCCUCCCACUCCCGUACCCCUGGGUGGGAGUAAAUGCAUCUGCUGGAGGCCCUCUGCAGUCCUUUUGGGUCCUUCUUGGGAUUUCUCUUCCAGCUCUAAACUGGAACAAAACCAAACAACAAAAAAAUCCAACCUACUACCAUAAACUGAAAAAAUGCCACUCGGAAAAGAAAAGCAGAACACCAUCUUGUUUAAACCUCCCUUUAAAAAUCCUGGCAUGCAAAUAAACAGCUUUAAUGUAGGCCCCAGCAAUUGGUAGAUAGUUAACGGAAUCCGUCAUUUCCUGGUAUUGCCGGAUGCAAACGAAAAGUCUGCCUUCUGCUUUCCCACUGGCUAUUGGAUAGCCAAUCGAACUACCUCCCUUUACCCCCUCCCUGUAGCUCUUAUAAAUUACAUCAAAUUGGUUAUUCUUGACACAUCUUUCUCACGGUCAAACAAGGUGUCACUGCUUUAUUUUAGCUGUGAUGUCAGCACGCGGAAAGCAGGGGGGCAAAGCUCGCGCCAAGGCCAAGUCGCGCUCGUCUCGCGCUGGUCUCCAGUUCCCGGUGGGCCGAGUGCACCGGCUCCUGCGCAAAGGCAACUACGCCGAGCGGGUGGGGGCUGGCGCGCCCGUCUACAUGGCGGCGGUGCUGGAGUAUCUGACGGCUGAAAUCCUGGAGCUGGCGGGUAACGCCGCUCGAGACAACAAGAAGACGCGUAUCAUCCCUCGCCAUUUGCAAUUAGCCGUGAGAAAUGACGAAGAGCUCAACAAGUUACUUGGAGGUGUUACCAUUGCCCAGGGUGGCGUCUUACCCAAUAUCCAGGCUGUCUUGUUGCCCAAGAAAACGGAGAGUCAUAAGCCUGGCAAGAACAAGUGAUUGGGCUUGACACCACACCAGUCCCACCC